CAGUUCGCCAUCUGGAUUGGUUUGGCUAUUUUGCAUUCGUUGCUUCUUUUCUUCCUUUCCUUCGCUUAUCUGUACAAUCCUGUUGCUUGGCCCAAUGGCAGAGUUGGUGGCUGGUUGAUGCUCGGCAAUUCAUGCUAUUCGUUUGUUGUAGCAACAGUUUGCCUAAAAGCGCUGUUGGAGUGUGAUUCGUGGACUGUUGUUAUUGUGCUUUCAUGUAUCGGCUCAAUUUUAUUGUGGUUUAUCUUUGUCGCUGUCUACUCGGUGAUUUGGCCAAUUUUGCCACUGGGCGAGCAUAUGUCCGGCAUGGCUUAUAUUAUGUUUACCUCUCCCUCUUUUUGGUUUGCAUUUUUGCUCAUCCCGAUCAUUACACUAUUCACCGACUUCACCAUCAAAGCAAUUAGGGUGAACUUUGCACCAACACCACGUGAACUUGCUUGCCUACAUGAGCGAUCGAAAGAAAAGCUUAGCGGAAAAAACGUGGAAUUAGCUGGCUUACGGCACGAGCAGCCACCUCCGCCGCAACAGUUUGAGUCCGGUACUACUGCGAUGCGAAAGAGCUUGGACGGGCUUGCUGUUGCAAAAUCUGUCGACGAGACGGCGAGCAAAGAGGUUCAGGAAGAUCGAACUCAGGAUUCAUCCGCCGAACAAUCGAGUGGUCAGUCGUAUACCGGUGAAUUAAGUGGUCAAUCAUUUACCGGUUCUGUGCCCAGUGCCGGAGAUUGUACGUUUUAA